UCUCAGUGUGAACGCACUUACUUUCUCAAAAUGUUAAGUGUAAGUACAGAAGUAUGUGAUUUGAGACACAGUACAAGUCUAGGGCUGGGGGUGGGGGGAAGGGGGGUUAUUUUCUUAGAAGUUAAGUUAGCUUGGAGAUGCAAGGACACGUUACUCGCAAAACACGACUGUCAAACGUAGAAUAAAGUUGUAAAAUCCCAAAACGUCAGUGAAAUUAGGUGCUUUUGUUGUUGUCGCUAACGUAGGCUUUUUUUUAGGUGAAACCAUGAGGGUGCAUGCCUGGUGGGUCAUGUUCACUUAAGCAAUAUUACUCGAGUGGGUGUUCUUUAGCGCCAUUUGAGCACGACAGUGAUGCGGUCGGGACCGAGGUCUUUGCAGAGUUUAGCAGAAUUGCCACCAAACAUCUUGAAAGCAGUUUCUUUGAGUCUCUUGACAAGCACACUCCACGGAUCAUUGAACUCCUGCAGUCAAAAAAGGGAGCUGCUGGACUGAAGAUUCAAGAGUUAAUGGCCAACUUGUCAUCGGAUGUAACUGCAAGACGCUCCGUGGUCCUCAAAGGCCUUCCCAUCGUCUUUGGUGAUGACCCAAACAAGUUCUAUAAGACAUGUUUUGAGACAACGAAAGAUGAGGCCAUAGACAAUGUCACAGUCGGUGUAUUGACCAUCCUAAGUGAAGACGAUCCUGAGCAGCCCGUGUCCACAGCCAUCGUCCUUGAGGGAGGUAUUGUGAUGGACAAAAUUCGGGACUUGCCACAGGCAUUUUGCCUCAUAUUUGGCCUCACAUAUGCCUUGAACCUCGAUUACCCAAAAUGUGUUGGAAACACAUUCAAAUUCAUUCAAAGUGUAAUGCUUGGUUUGGGAAACAAAGCCCUACCCCCAAAACUGUUAACAGUUAAAAACAUGUUGUUUGACGAAUGAGGAGUCAGAUGUGAGGUUGCACUCAAGAACUGCUUAUGACAGAGACAUGAGAAGAGAUGCCUUAACUAAACAGUAUUUUGAACAUUUUAAGAGCUGCCUAGAUGCAGUUUAUUUGUUGAGUUGAUUUUCAAAUCUGUUCAGUGCUUUUAUGCUGGUGGUAUAUAUAGUGCCCUCUUGUGAAUUCAGGUGUUAAAAUGUUGUGUAAAAAGAAAUAUAUGUUGGAUAAUGUGGCAUACCGUUAAUGUUCUUAUGACAGAGAAGAGGCGUUUGAUGCUUUUAUAAACAGCAUUUUGAACUGUUUAAGAGUCAAGUGAAAAUAUAAUCAUCAUUUCAUUGUUCAAUUGAUACUCAGACCUGUUGAGUGCUUUUACAAUAAUGCCUUCUUGUGAAUUCUGAUGUUAAAAUGUUGAUUAAAAAGAAAUGUGAUAUGUUCGAUGAUCUAGCCAGCAAAUACCUGUAAUCCAGCAUAAAUUGUGCGUGUUAAGAUUCACAGUAAGUCUGCAUACUGUUAAUGUUUUUAUGACAGGAAGAGAGGUUUGCUUUUAGCAUUUUGAAAUGUUCAAGAGUGACGUGAAAACAUUUUCAUUUAAUUUCAAUUUUUUUUACAAUAGUGCCUUGUGAAUUCAGGUAUUAACGUGUUAAAAGAAAUGUGAUCUGUUGGAUAUUUGGAUACUGUGACCAGCACAUAAUCCAUCAAAAAUUGUGAGCACAAAAUCUGCAUACUGUUAAUUCUGUACACGUUUUAAAUAAAUUGAAUGCAGAUGACA